AUGGUAUGCCAGGCUGUUKACCCCACGGUUCACCUCAUGCGAAAUCUUUCUGUCCCAUCGAACAAGCAUCCCGAUUUGGUGAUUGCAGCGGCGCGGGGUACGUGGAUGGAUCGAACUUGGCUCGCUGUUCAUGAAAACUUUCGACGUAUGGUGCUGGUCGAGGACACCAGCGAGAUUGAAUUUUCGAAGGGGAGCCCUACGCCGGUGGUGGUUGUCGUUACGGAUUCUUUCAAAGCAAGAGCUUGUUCGAGCCCUGGAGAGGAGACGAGAAUACUACGACGAUUGUUCGCUGGCGCGAGCAAACUACUUUGGGUUACCUCCCGUUCUGACGCUAUGCCCGUCUCCCUCUCCAAAGCCGUUACAGCGGGCCUUCUCCGUGGUUUCUCAAUGGAGCAUCCAGACACAAUGUUCCAGUACCUCGGGCUCCCCUCUAAUUCGGCCUCCAAGGACAAUGUCCGUACUGUGGCGACGCUCCUGGUGAACCUCAUCCGCACUGAUGCUCGAGACAGCUCAAGCACAACUACUGGUACGCCUGUAGAGUCCCAGCUACGACUGUCUGAGAAAGGUGUUCUGCAUGUACCGCGCCAUACAUAUUCCGAACGUAUGAAUCAGCGGCGCCUGGCUGCCCAUCUUCAAGUUGAAGACGUUGUUUUACUCAACCGAGACAAGCAAUAUUCUGUCCUGCAACUCGAACAUGUAGAAACUGUUGAGAAGCGAACUGCUCGCCUCCAUGCAUACCGGUCCACCCGACCCCUACCUGGUAUCUCCACGGCCACAGUAGAAGUCAAGGUUCAUUUCUCCACAGCACACAGUAUCAAAAUUGAAGGGAUUGGGGAUUUCUAUCUCUCGAUAGGAGUAGCUUCCAGCCAUAACAACCCUGAGUGUCCUCUGAAAGGAAGGGGUGGCUCCUGUCGCGUCCUCGCACUCUCUGAGCGCAAUGCGACGCGGGUACGUACGCCCUCUUCAUGGUGUUGGGUCGUGCCCCCAGCUGUUUCUACCGCUGAAGAAGCUGGUUUCCUUGCGAAUAUAGCUGGUAUGUUGGUCGCAAAAGGGAUCUUAUCGCAUACAGCACCAGGUUCUGUAAUAUUGGUUUUGGAAGCUGAUGUUACCAUCCUCCACAUCCUAAAUUCCGUCGCACCCUUGCAUAAGACUGAGAUACUGGCCAUCACGCACAAGGUGAGCAUGGAAGCCAAGAAACCAGGUGCCACGGCGACGGCACAUUCACAAACACAUGUUCCUGCGUCCAGUAUCCCUACUGCCUUAGAGAGCGUAUCUGGGCUGUUCUACCCGAAGGACGCCCCUUUCCCAGUAUGCUCGGUGGCCAAAUCACUUUCCGGAGAAGUUGAUUUAGGGCCAGCAACCGUGAUUGAUUGGUUAGCUGAGGAGGGAACGCCGAUCAGAGCACAGAUCCACCCAGCGGCCGAUGGGGUGUCUCUGUCCCCACAGAGCACGUAUGUUCUCCGGGGGCUUCCCGAAGUUCUGGGAAGGGUUGUCGCCGAAUGGCUUGUCUCCCAUGGCGCACAGCAUCUAGUUCUUGUCGCACCAUUCUCUGAAAACGCCCAGUGGGUAUCCGCUAUUGCAUCUGAUGGCGCAGAAAUUACCACAGUCCCCAUUAAAGAAGAUCUUGUAAACACUGUGCUUGCGAUCCGCGGCCAUCCAUCCUUGCCGUCGGUCCAGGGGAUUGUGUUCAGCGGCGAACUUGAUACUGGCAUCACGCCUGAUAUGGCGCUAGCGAACACGAUCGAGAGGGCCAAAGCCCUGUCGCAGCUUUAUGACCCCCCCAAGCUAGAUCUCUUUUUGGGGGUUGGUCGCUGCCCGGUCAAACAAGAUCCGCAACAGUUCGCCGUAACUGAAUAUCUCUCAACACUAGCUCAUCAGAGAACAAUGUCCGGUCUUCACGCGAGUGUACUUUGCCUUGGGUCCGGAUUGAAUAUUGAUGCCUUGGAUGGGGACGACAUAUCGGAGAUUCUUGCGGAGGCUGUCCUGGCUGGAGAUCCCGUUGGCAGCAGAUUUCGUAGUAUGCACUCGUUCGACCCGGCAAUGUCUAAUAUGCUUCCCUUGUCGAGGAAAGCAAGGCAAGGAAAUCUUGUUGUUGAAGCAGACGCAGAGGAGACAGAGACACCGUUAAGCAUUCAACUCGAGCGUGCCAAACAAACUGCGUCCGCCGUCACGGCUGUACGAGGUAUCCUGAGCCAGCACUUCACCAGAUAUCUCCGGGCGCUGCUGCAGUCUGCCACGGAGAUCACCGACGAACUUGGUGUUGACUCUAUAGUAGCAGCACAGUUGGGUGGAUGGUUUUCCGCGGAGGUUGGAGUGAAGGUUUCGGUUGUUCUCAUUCUUGCAGGGUCAUCCGUGGGUGAGGUUCUUCAAGAGGUCGCAGAGAAGUUUACUUACUGA